AUUUUUAGCAAUGUUUAUCUAGUGUUUCAUGCAUUCGUAUCGAUCUAUCCUUUUCUCAGUAGUUACCAUGCAUGUGUCAAAUUGACAGUGUCAACUGUGAUGUUAUUUCUAUUCUAUAGACUGAUAAUUAGCGAAAAUUAAUUUAAAAGUAGUACUCAAAUUUUAAAAUUCAUUUGACGAUAACAAUGAGCAAAAGAAGUGGUGCUGUUGUGGCAGCAAAUCUUAAUUCAAAGAAACCAAAGCAUUGGUCUUUGGGCUUACUAGAAACUAUGAAAGAUCCCGAAAGUAUUGUGAAAAAAUCAAAACAAGUUGUUGUAAUCAAAGAUAAAUAUCCAAAGGCCAAAAUCCACUUCUUGGUGCUGCCUGAGGCCGAUAUUAAUAGUAUUUAUGCGUUAGAUAAGAGUCACAUAGGACUUUUAGAAGAAUUUGGAGAAAUAUUUGAAGAGAUUAAAAAAGAAGAAAAAGCACCUUUAAAAGCCGGUUUCCACGCUGUUCCCAGUAUGCAAAGGCUACAUAUGCAUAUCAUAAGUACAGAUAUGAUAUCACCUUGCUUAAAAACAAAGCAGCAUUGGAAUAGUUUUACUACAAAGUUUUUUAGACCUUACGCAGAUGUUUUAGAAGAAUUAAAAGAGAAGGGUUGUGUUACAAAAAUGACACCUGAAUUGAUACAAAGUUGUAAAUCAAGUGCACUACAGUGUAACCAAUGUUCAUACAAACCAAAAACAAUGCCACAACUUAAAGAACAUUUAUUAACACAUUUAGAGAAAGUGAACAAUUAAUUAAUAUUAAGCUAAUUA